AUGCUCUUCAGCAGACUGUGGGUAUUCUACACUGGGCCGGAUGGGGUAGAAGUGCAGGGGAAUCCCACUACCGAUCCCACAACAACCAUUACAGGUCUUACUCCUGGAACUACUUAUAACUUUCGCGUGGAAUCAACUGAUGCAGCGGGACAAAGAGUAUUGGGCAAUGUACCAGCCACUACAGAUCUACAGGCACAAAUCAAUGUUGAUGGUGUAUCAGAAACAUCGGCAACAUUAUCAUGGACGCCUAUUCCUGGAAGCUUUUUCUACCGGGUAUUCUACACUGGGCCGGAUGGAGUAGAAGUGUCAGGAAAUCCCUCUACCGAUCCCACAACAACCAUUACAGGUCUUACUCCUGGAACUACUUAUAACUUCCGCGUGGAAUCAACUGAUGCAGCGGGACAAAGAGUAUUGGGAAAUGUACCAGCCACUACAGAUCUACAGACACAAAUCAAUGUUGACAGUGUAACACCAACAUCGGCAACGUUAUCAUGGACGCCUGUUCCUGGAAGCUUUUUCUACCGGGCAUUCUACACUGGACCGGAUGGAGUAGAACAGUCGGGAAAUCCCUCUACCGAUCCCACAACAACCAUUACAGGUCUUACUCCUGGAACUACUUAUAACUUCCGCGUGGAAUCAACUGAUGCAGCGGGACAAAGAGUAUUGGGAAAUGUACCAGCCACUACAGAUCUACAGACACAAAUCAAUGUUGACAGUGUAACACCAACAUCGGCAACGUUAUCAUGGACGCCAAUUCCUGGAAGCUUUUUCUACCGGGUAUUCUACACUGGGCCGGAUGGAGUAGAACAGUCGGGAAAUCCCUCUACCGAUCCCACAACAACCAUUACAGGUCUUACUCCUGGAACUACUUAUGACGUCCGAGUGGAAUCAACUGAUGCAGCGGGACAAAGAGUAUUGGGAAAUGUACCAGCCACUACAGAACCUCUUCAGACUGAGGUACGUGUAGAUUCGGUCACCGAAAACACGGCAGUCAUCUCGUGGACACCUGUUCCUGGCAGCAUUAUUUAUCAGAUAUUCUACACUGGACCAGAUGGAAUACAACGGGUGGUUUCCACAACAGAUCCUACAACCACUCUUACCGGACUUACUCCUGGGUCUUCGUAUGACAUCAGAGUGCAGACGACUUCUAGCACCGGUCAACAGUCAGACGUGGGCACUACUACAACUACUACAGAUCUACAGACACAAAUCAAUGUUGAUAGUGUAUCAUCAACAUCGGCAACAUUAUCAUGGACGCCAAUUCCUGGAAGUUUUUUCUACCGGGUAUUCUACACUGGACCGGAUGGAGUAGAACAGUCGGGAAAUCCCACUACCGACCCCACAACAACCAUAGCAGGUCUUACUCCUGGAACUACUUAUACCUUCCGCGUGGAAUCAACUGAUGGAGCGGGACAAAGAGUAUUAGGAAAUGUACUAGCCACUACAGAUCUUCCAACUGAAGUCAAUGUAGAUUCAGCCACACAAGACUCUGCCACUAUCUCAUGGACACCGAUACCUAAUACCAUCGUAUAUCAGAUAUCCUACACUGGUCCAGAUGGAAAUGUAGUAACUGCUUCCGCCACUUCAGAGACUGUUAUACUAAAUGGCCUGCUUCCAGCAACGGCAUACAAUGUUGAUGUUGCUGCCCUCACGAAUACAGUACGAGUGGAAGUUGGAAACACAGUUGCAACAACAACAGCCCUACCAACGUCAGUCACAAUUCUAGGAACAACUCCAAAUACAAUCAGCGCAGAGUGGACGCCAAUACAAGAUGCCUUCAUAUACCGCAUAGACUAUGUCAGUGCUGAUGGCCAACACACAGGAAUUGUCACUUCAGAUGUACCCCAAGCGGUUAUAAGCAGUCUACAGCCGGGUACGACUUACACGAUAACAGUUCUUGGUAUCGUACCGGGGGGCAGCGUUCAAGUUGGUUCAGAGACGGCAACAACAGACAUACAGCUUGAUCUCACCGCCAGUGUCUCAAACAUCCAAACUACAAGCUUCGACGUCAUGUUACAAGAUAGACCUGAAUUUACCUACCCAAGCUACAGGGUCACAGUCAGUGAAGUUGGUGGUCCAUUCUCUGUACAACUUCCCGCCACUGCAAAUCGUGAUGGCGGUAUACUGACUGUCAAUGCCGUCGGUCUUACAGCCGGCACGGAAUAUAAUGUGAAUAUCCAAGGUGUAACCAGUGUUGGACAGCUUGAAGAUCAAGUAACUUUCAACGAAUUUACAAGACCGAAUCCACCUAUAAAUGGCCGCUUCUCAGAAGUAAAUGGAGCUACAGUUUUUCUUGAAUGGAAUCCCCCUGCUGAUGGGCGACUUGAUGGGUACAUAGUGGUACAUGGUACCGAAACUCAGGAUCCUUCUACACUUACACAGGCUGUAAUUCCCCUUGGUCAGACCAGUUAUGCCGUCUCAGGACUCAAUCCUCUCAUUCCCUACGUCAUAGGACUGGUGUCUUACCGGGAUUCAGUAGAAAACUUCAGUGAUUUCGCAGAGCUUCUUCAAGAACGCAAUUCUAAUUUGGUAAUAAAUCGAGAACACAACAUCUCUACAGUCAUCAUCCUAACCGAUGAGAGUUUCAUCUCUACAGUCCUCAUCCUAACCGAUGAGAGUUUCAAUAAAUACCUCAAUGUUUUAUCCUUUGAGCAGCUGAUAAUGAAUGUGCUAGUAGACCUUGUCAGAAUGGUGGCCAGUGCUUUGGUGAAUCAGGAGGUAGAUCUAGAUGUGAAUGCAUCAACGGCUUCAGCGGUACUAGCUGUGAAACAGCCACAGAUGAAUGUGCCAGUGAACCAUGCCAAAAUGGAGGAACUUGCUUCGAUAUUCCAAACGGAUACAUAUGUAGUUGCCCUGCUGGGAUAA